UUCGCUGACUUGGAUCAUCUAUGAGAUUUUAGAAGAAAUAACCAUUGCUAAGUUUGAACGUGCUAAACCUUUAGCAGGAGAUACAUAUAUUAUUUCUGGAGCUUAAAAAUGGAUACAGAAGACAAGGGCUUAGGUAAAUUAGGACAAAUACUGAAGCAGAUUUGGAGACAAAACCAAAUGCUAAAGCAGGCUCUCCUGGGUGAUAGUCUCUGUGAGGUGGCUGGGGGAGCCACUUGGCUAGUCACAGUGAUCUUUUUGGGUCAAGGGCUCAGUGAAGCCCUUCAUCAACUGUUGGAACACACUGUAGGGACUCUUCAGUCUACCUGCCAGCAGCUGCAUAUACUACUUGACAAGGAUAAUCAAUGUGUCUGGAGACAAGAAAUUAUUGCUUUCAUAGACUGCCUCAUGAAAAUGAAUGAACAUUUGGGGAACAGUGCUAUGCUUCUAAGGAAAGAAGAAAAGGAGAUGUGUAAUUUAUGCAGCAUGCAUGAGGACCGUACUCCACAGCAGACAAUAUCGGCCAUUCAAGAUACCAAAGCAACAGACAUUGCUCCAAGAAGGGAACUAAAUGUCAUGGAAACAGCUACUGUUUCUCCUACAAAUGCAGAGGAACGUCAUUACACAAACCAGGUCCAGUUAAAAGAAAAUCAAACCCAGAUAAAUUCUGAAUUAGGGGGGAAAGAAAACAAUGCAUCAUUGAGUGGAAAUGUAAUAGGGCAAGAAGAGUCACAGAGCACAGUGUUCCCAGAUAAUGCAGAAAAUGAAGAUGAAAAACAAAUAGAACACAUGACUGCUGAGAACAUAAAUGGCAACAAGGAAGACAUUCAUGAUGCAAUCCAGACAACAACAAGGGAAACUCGAGAGACCUCAGAAAACCGAGGAGAAGAGAUUAUUACAUCCCCAGCAGCAUGGGAUGUCUCCAGUAAGGAUGUGAAUAGUCUUCAUAAUGACUCAGAGAGUCCAAAACAAAAGAAUAACAUAAUGGAGAAGGAGUAUCUUGAUGUGCUGAGCGCUGGGACUGACCCUCAAGUGUCUUGUUACAUCACAGCACCAUCGCAUGUCCUGCAACAGUUGGACUGCCAGAUAAUUAACAGCAUGAGCUCCUUUAUAGUGAGUGCUAACGAAGAGUUGGUCAGCAACGUCAUCGCUGUUGAAUGCUCAGAUAAGGAAAAGAAAAUCCCAUUCCCAGUAUGCAUUGCAAUUCCUUUCAAGGCAAGCUACAAGGGCAGUUACAGAGACAUCCUGGUGAAAAUGACAGACACAAACUUUCAAUCCAGUUACCUAACGCCAAGUUCACUGGAAGGAAUGAGGGGAACUUCUUACAAGGGGACUUGUGCUGCAGUGAAUGUUUACAAGUUGGGUAUGUUUUCAGUAGUGUCAUGUUUAAAGAAACAGUCUUUCACAGUAACGAAAAAAGGACUCAAUCUAAAAUCAAGCGUAGAUGCCCGGAUAGCCUUCAGUUAUCCUGCAGGAGUUUUCAACUCACCAGUGCUUGUCCAGUUAAAGAUCCAGCCAGUCGACCCUUCUCUGGUGUCAUAUUUAAAAGCACAUCAAGAUUCCUCCUAUUCAGUACAGUCGACAAGUCCUCUUAUACACAUCCAGCACCCAUCAACUCAUUCUUUUCAAAAGCCAGUCACGGUAUUCCUUCCUUGUUCUCCUCUCCCUGAAAAAAAGAACCUUGAGUCUGAGAAAGAUCACAGGAGACCAGAGAGUGCCACAGUGCACAGGAGCCUGCCAACACCCUUGUACUUCAACAGGACCAAGAGUGCUUCCAUCAGAAAACCUGGUAACAACGCUUGUGAAACUUUGAAAUUAGUAGGAUUCAGAAGCAGAGACAGUGGUUGGUUUGGGAUUGAUGACGUCGUGGUGAGAACUGUCCAGAAUGGCUUGGUAUCUUUCGAAUUGUGUGAACACUUAGAGAGGUUUAUUGUGCUCCACCUGUCUUCCACAGCAGACAAUAGCCACUUGGUUUCUUUUGUGAAGUCUUUAGAGGAAGCCUCACUCAGCACCACUGCCUGUAUUGUGCUGUCACACCAGAAGGACAAUCCGCACAGAGUGGUUAUUUUAGUGGUACCUUCGAAGGAGUUAAACCUGGUACUGAAGAACUUGCGCUCAGAAGGCUUUGGAGGACUUCCAGAAUCAUCUAGACAUUUCCAAGUAAGAGAAGGAGAACAACUUCUUUUAAGGUUUACUGGAAACAUAUUUGGCUCAAGCAAUGGGAAGGAUUAUGGGAAAGACUACAAAGUCAUCUUUCACCUGCAAAGAAAACCCAGGCUAGAACUCCACAUCAAAGAGGUGGAUGAAUUUGGGAACUACAGCUGCCCUCAUUAUAAAGGCACCAUUGUGGUCUAUAAAGUACCCAGAGAGAAGAUUGUCCCCAACUUGGAUCAAUCCCUUCAUGAAAAUCUUUACCAGCUGCCAGUUUGCAAAUUACCAUUGAAAUUGCCAAAGCAUGAAAAAGUAAUCAGCCGUCCACAAAGUACCAAAAGAGUGUCUACAGACCCUCUUGAGGCUCUUUGGGAUAACUUACUUCAUUGGCUGGCUGAGGAGCUCUCUGAAGAAGGUGUUGAGGUCCUCACCACAUCCCUCCCUCUGCGCCGCAGCACAGUUCAGCUCAUCAAACUCAAGCACCCUGAUGAUCUGACAGAGCAGAUCCAUGAACUACUUUGCUUCUGGAAACGAUCACUACCAACUUCCAUGGACAAAAUUCGCCUCCUGGCUCGCCAUCUCCGCAAGCUGGGCCGGUGUGAUCUUGCAGAAGAGCUCAAGUUCAAGUGGGAACACAAGGUGUUCACGGAACCUCAGUCCUGGUUUGAUGUGACUGCUGAAUAAAGGUAUGCUCACUCUUCCUUUACCCUAGAAAAGGACUUUAAAGAUUGGGUGUCAACUUUUUCCAGCUACUGAGUAAGACUGUUUGAAGUGAGUCUGUUUGAAAGACCCACUAUUGAGAAAUCAAUGGAAACAAAAGGGAAUCCUCAGACAACUGAAGGCUUCUUUUGGGUGUCAGUACCUUCAAUGAUAACUGACAUGUUUUCGGCAAUCAACAGCACCAUGGGUUCAGCUAAGCUUAAAGGCAUUUGCAAUAGAGUUUGCCCCCAUCUUAGUUAGGGUUUUUAUUGCUGUGAAGAGACACCAUGACCACUGCAACUCUUAUAAAGGAAAAACAUUUAAUUGGGAUGGCUAACAUUUUCAGAGGUUUAAUCCAUUAUUAUCAUGGUGUGACAUGGUGGCAUGCAGGCAGACAUGAUGCUGGAGAAAUAGCUGAGAGUCCUACAUCUUGACUUAGAGGCAGCAGGAAGUGGUCUGAGACACUAGGCAUGGCUUAUGCGUGUAUAAGAUCUCAGAGCCCUCCUCCAUAGUAGCACACUUCUUCCAACAAGACCACACCUACUACACAAGGCCACACUUCCUAAUGGUACCACUCCCUUUGGGGGCCAUUUUUUCUUGCAAACCACCACACCCAGUUUACAUUUCAAUAGCUGAGGUUGUUUUCUAAGUGUGAAGUAAAUGUAUGUUAUAGCAAAUGACUUUUAAAUAAUUGUUAUUUAAAAUUAAAAUAGUAUUUCAUGACUCCAAGCAACCAAUUCCAGUUACAUGAUGUCAGAGGCCCAGAUGUGACAAUAUGAAAUAAAGGGUGCCAAUGAUAGGCAGUAACAAGUAAAUUUUAGGAAAUUGAAAAUCUUAAAAUAAAUUAAUAGUAUAAAAGCACUUCAGGCAGUUACUGGCAAAAGCUCUUUUAUAGCAAGGUUGCUGAGAAUUGGUGACAUUUCAUCCUCAUUAUUAAGGAAAUGAAGCAAUACAGAAAAAAAAUGAAGUUCUGUAAAGUAACCCAAGAUCUCUUUCAAUUACUUAAAGAGGGUGUUUAUUACACAGUUAAGAGAAAUCUUAUUGCAUAAAUAUUGGGGUUGGAGGCAGGGAAAGAGGCAUAAUACUACAGCCUGAGAUGUUCCCUUUGUUAGGGACCUGGACUCAGGUCAAACUGGAGUUAGUGGUUUCAACACAGAAAAGAAGUUCAUGACAAGCCCGCAUGAAGCAGAGGUGGCAUUUACUAGAGAUAUUUCAAAAUAGGCAUCAGCAUGCAGAUUAUGAGAGAAGAGAAACACCCAGAAGGAAGCUGCCCAGACAGCAGAGUGAGGACUUCUCUAAGAUAGUCACAAUUGACUGUCUUAUAGUUUAUUAGUCAAGAAAUAUUUUUACACCCAAAAGGUGCGACUUAUAUUUUCUUGUGUUCUUGAAGUGAAAAGAAAAAGUAAAAUAUUUAAUGCUUUUCUGAAUGCAAAAAGAUUUCAUGUUCCUUUUAUUCUGCCAUUAGAGAUUGCUAUUACAGAUAUUGUUUCUUUCAGGUGUCCAUCUCUCUUUCAAGAAAAAUAUUUUAUUUUUAUUCAUAUGGAUUUAUGUUUUCACACUCAUGUAUAUACUUUUGCAAACAACCUCCACACACAAGCCUCCUAAUAUAGAUGACCUCAUUCACUCAACUCCUUCACCCUAUUCAUCUCCUCAGUAUCUGCACACACACACACAAACACACACACACAAGCAUAUUCAUAAGCACACAUCUUUUUACACCUCUCACAAUCUCACUGUCUAACAUACCAUUUACUUCACAAUCUUGCACCUACCUGUGUACCUCCUGUGUAUCUGAAUACUGUAAGCAACACACCACUUCCACCUAUUCAAACACAUUUUUCUCAUAUACAUAAUCACAUAAACACACAUGGGUAUAUUAUCAAAUCGGCUUGGAUACUUUCACAUAGAUUCACAGGUAUAUCAUGUCACAUGCAAUCUAUCCCCACAUCUCAUAUACAUAUUCAACAUGUAUUGUAGAUGAAUUUCUAAGCAGUCUUAUUAAAUAAGAAACACAGAGCCAAACACAGGGGUAAUAGCCAAAGAGAUCAGUGAAAUAUCAAAUAGCCACUGACUAACCUUAGCUUACCACCUUGCUUCCCAAGAGAGCUUCUUCCUGUCUAACCUGCACCGUUAUUGCCUUCCUGUUCUGCUUUCUCAUUGGCUCUAAGCCCAGCCACAUCACUUCCUCGUCACUGCCUGUCUAUACAGACCUCCAGGUCUCUAUGGUUGUUGGUACUGGGAUUAAAGGCAUGUGUUACCAUGCUUGGCUGUGUCCUUGAACACUCAGAGACUCUGCCUGCCAUGUGAUUGGAUUAAGGGUGUGUGCCACCACUGCCUGACUUCUGUUUAUGGCUAUGACCUCUGAUCUCCAGGCAAACUUUAUUUAUUAACAUGCAAAUAAAAUAUCACAUUUCAGCAUAAAUAAAAUAUCACCACAAUGUUUACCCUCAAACACACACACACACACACACACACACACAAAAUCUUUAUGUGCACACUUACAUUUUCACACAUUCUCUCUUCUCUUACACAAUCUACUCUUGCUCUACCACUUCUUCUCUCACACACAUUUAAAUACAUAUUUGAAAGGGAAAUACAUACAUGCAUCCCUUCGUACACAUUGACACAGUUUUCCCAGUGUUAAAACAUUUCUCAUAUUAUUGCAACAUUAAAACCAUAAAGAGGCACAUAAAAAAUGCUCCAGAAUUCCCUACAGCCACACCCCAGCCUGAUGCACCUGCCUUUUGUCUGAUGUGCUGACCACAUGAAUCACAUUAGUAGAAGCACUGGCUUCCAGUUGGGUUUGCUCACUGGUGAGACCGAGCAAGAGACUGGAGGGAGGGAGGAGAGAGAAUUGUGUGCUAUGUCCCUUUUUUCCUUCCUGUAGUUUGGUUGUAAAGCUGUGUCUCUCAUCUGAACUCCUCUCCAGGAAACCAUGUUCCCCUGAAUUUUGGUCGAUGCCCUGCUCCUUUCUUUAGGUCUGGAGAUGGCACCCACUUCCUUGUGAGGAACAGCUGCAUUAUUCCAUCUGCUUCCCAUGCAGUCCCUUCUCUUUUAAGACACAGCUCCUUUAUUCCUAUUCAAUUACCCCAUCUGUGUCUUAUUGAAAUCCUGACCCAUGUAUCUCUACAACCUCACCUCAUGCUCCAGAAACCUGUCUGUGCAUAUUUUACCACAAGAGGAGUCAGAUAUUUUGUAUACAGUUCAUAGUAUCAAAAAUUAAUGUCUUAUUUAAUUAUAUGCAUUUUCAAUGCCUGUGUUUUAUGUGAAAGAUCAUAUAACAUAUCAUAGUUAAUUUUAGAAAAUGUUUGAAUUGAGAAAUGUAACAUGGAUUCUCUGAUGUUCAAGUUUUUAAUUCAACUUUAUGUUGGUGAAAUGCAUUCAUUUUGCCAUGCAUGGCCAUAGUUUGUUCAUUUGCAUUAUUGCCCAGUGUUUCAUUAUGGAAAAAAUAAAAUUAUGCAUAUA